AGAUUUUCACAGAAACCGACUGUAGAGGUGUAAAACACAGAAUGAUGGACACUUCUUCCUUUAAAGAGAAUGAAAGUGAAAGUUGAUGGCAUGAGUGAAAAACCUACAAAUACAGACAACUCGGAUCACAGUGAGGUUCUUGAUGAGUGCUGUACUGGUGAGGAUUGUGCUGGAGGUUUGGUUCUACAGGAUGGAGACGUGUUUCCUAGGAAACGCCACAGCUCUGACAAGCGAGUCUCUAUUGCUCUUGAGGAAAUUGAAGAUAUAGACAGUGAGGUACAGACUGUAUCAGAUGCUGAUGAUGUUUACGUCCUAGCUGAAAAUACACCUAAACCACCACCACGUUCUGAUAGCCAUGGUGACCAACCGAAGAAUCAGUCAGAGGCUGAUGAUAUCACUGAGCCCUCUGGCAAGCCAAUACCACCACCUAGAUCUGAUAGCAAGGGCCAUAAACCAAAAGUACGACACAUGGUUGACAUUUUUGGGAGGGUAUGAAUGGACGAAACAUUCUCU